CGAAAACUUUGAUGCCUCCAAGGCUGUUUUACAUGUAUGAUCGUGCUAGACAAUCUUCAAACCUGCGUCGUCGACGUUGUCCCCAUGAAAGAUUUGCUUUGACAGUGUCACAGUGACACAGAUUAAUUAGAAAAUAAAAAUAAAUAAAUAAAGUUGAUAAAGCCCGCGAUUGCAACACAAAAUUGGCACCCUCUCUCUCUCAUCUGCACUUUUGCUUUCUCUCUCUCUCUACCUGACACUGCUUUGAUUCAAGUCCUCCCUACCCCUGUCCCUUUAUCUGCAUCCCAAUUCUCUCAAGUACCAUGUUGGCUUUUUUCUCGGAGUCCCCAAUGAGCAGAUGCAGAGCUUCUGUUCGUGGUUGCCUCUUCAAUUUAUUUCUCAUCUUAGCAGUGUUCGUCAUCACUUCCACUGCCUGCUCUAAUGGAGAUUGUCAGCUUCUAGACCCAUGUUCUGCAGCCACCGACUGUGGCCCUGGUCUCUACUGUGGUAACUGUCCGGAAAUGGGUAAGACUCAGCCCAUCUGCACUAGAGGCCAAGCUACUGUUCCCACUUCAAUUAUUAAUGGGUUGCCCUUCAACAAGUACACGUGGCUCGUGACCCAUAAUUCUUUUUCAAUUGUUGAUGCCCCCUUGUUAACGGGUGCUCAGAGAAUUACAUUCUACAACCAAGAAGACUCUGUAACUAAUCAAUUGAGAAAUGGAGUGAGGGGACUGAUGUUGGAUAUGUACGACUUCGAGAAUGAUAUCUGGCUCUGCCAUUCAUUUCGUGGACAGUGUUACAACUUCACCGCCUUUCAACCUGCAAUUAACACUUUGAAGGAAGUGGAGGCAUUCUUAAGCGGAAACCCUUCACAGAUUGUAACAAUUAUAAUUGAAGACUAUGUACAUGCCCCAAAAGGAUUGACAAAAGUGUUUACUGAUGCUGGGUUAGACAAAUACUGGUUUCCUGUUUCCAAAAUGCCGAAGAAGGGUCAGGAUUGGCCCACUCUGACUGAUAUGGUCCAACAAAACCACCGAUUACUGGUUUUUACUUCUGAUGCUUCAAAGGAAGCUAAUGAAGGAAUUGCUUACCAGUGGAAGUAUUUGGUGGAAAAUGAGUCGGGAGAUCCUGGGUUGGUACAAGGCUCUUGCCCAAAAAGGAAGGAGUCAGGACCACUCAAUUCAAAAAAGGCUUCACUCUUCUUCCAGAAUUACUUUCCAACAAUGCCAGUCCAAGCUGAAGCUUGCAAAGAGCAUUCAGCUUCACUUGUUGAUAUGGUUGGCACCUGUUACAGGGCUGCAGGGAAUGUGAUGCCCAAUUUUUUGGCAGUAAACUUCUACAUGAGGAGUGACGGAGGAGGUGCUUUUGAUGCUGUGGAUAGAAUGAAUGGCCAGACAUUGUGUGGGUGUACUACUGUCACUGCUUGCCAGGCUGGAGCACCUUUUGGAGUUUGCAAAAACAUUGUUGCGUCUAAUAGCACUCCACCAACCAACGCUGCUGGAAGUUUUUCUGGAUCCGUGCAGUUAUCAGGAUCUGCCUCAACAGUUCAUCUUCCAAAUAUCUUGGUUUUCUGCUUGUUUCAUUUUGCAUUGGUGUUAUUUCUAUUAUAACUAAAUUAGAUAACUAAUGGAGGUAGUCAGUUUAUGGGCUACGUCCUUGGGAGUGCACUUCUAGUUUGUUAGUACGUAAAUUUUGAAGUCAGAGUAGGUAUACUGCAGCUUUCUUCAAAGCCUGGAAGGUUAAGGAAUGCUAGUGAGACUUAUUAAAUUUGAUUGGAAAGGGGAGAACCAUUUAUAGUUCUUGUGUUGAUGCAAAAGAAUGAGGAGCUGCACAAGAAUUUGAGGUGGAGACUAGCCAAUGGAGACUAAGAAAAGCUGACAUGUGGUUCAGGUUAUGGGGCGAUUGAAAUGUAGCAGCAGGUAGAAUUAGGAUAAGGCACAACAUAGCAUAUUUAGAGGUGCUCCCACUAUUAUUAUAUAGUUUUUACUGUUGUAUUUUUAUUCUAACAUUUUAAAGCACCAGGAUUGCUUUGUUACAAAAAAAAAAAAUUGUCUUUUAUGAUCUGUAGCAUCUCAGUGUUGUAGAAACUAGAAACUAUUUUAAAAGAGAUUUUUUUUGGUGUUGUGUUUGGGGAAAUGAAAUAUAGGUUGUAUUUCAUUUUGUGUA